UUGGGCCCGUUCACAGCGAGUAAUUGUGAUUGCUGGCGAGUAUUGGCGAAACUGGUGGUCGGUGUGCGUUCGUGGCGAGUAAUUGUUUUCUGCUGACUCACAUGUGCAGCCAUUGGCGCGCCGUGUUUGGCGCCAGCUGCCGUUCGAAGAGAAACCGUCCACUGGAUAUGGCGGAGUCUGAUGUGUGCUUUGAGUGUGGGGGGAAUUCAACGUACUGUAACGAAUGUACACGCUGUUCAAGGGUGCUUCACAAACAGUGUGCGGCCCUAAUGCGCAUGCAGCAUGGAGCGGUCACGUUGAUCUGUGUGCAGUGCAUGCAGCCACAUGAGGAGGCUCCGGCUGGGUUCAUUCCUCCUUCACAUAUCAUGGGCUCGUUUCCGCCUCCCCGCAAACAACCACAAGUGCUUGUCCCGGAAACCCAGGACUCAAGUGCGUCGCAGCGUGUCCAGUCCCAAGGCUCGACCUUCGAUGAGACGCAGUCCCAGGAUGGAGACAUCAUGGCACCCCGGUCUUCGCAAGCUGCGUCUGCUUCUGACUCGCAGGACUCUAAUACAUCUCGGCGGCGUGUCCAGUCCCAAGGCUCGACCUUCGAUGAGACGCAGUCCCAGGAUGGAGACAUCAUGGCACCCCGGUCUUCGCAAGCUGCGUCUCUUGUGUUUGGAGGACGCCCCCUUCCUCUUUCCCAAUCACGGGUGGGCUCUUCUCGAGCACGAGUGUCUGCUUCUGACUCGCAGGACUCUAAUACAUCUCGGCGGCGUGUCCAGUCCCAAGGCUCGACCUUCGAUGAGACGCAGUCCCAGGAGGGAGACAGCAUGGUACCCCGGUCUUCGCAGGAUACAAUGAACCCCACCCAAUCGUUAUUGGCGCCUCGCGAAGAGCCGUCGUCGUCGUCGGCUAAACGGUCCAAGCGAGCAGGCGGCAACAGGACCAGGGGGAAGGACGCCAAUCCCAGGGGCCCGCUGAUUCCCUGGACCAGGCGUUUUGAGGGGAUGACGUUGGACGAGGCGCUUCUGGAGAGAGUGCGCGACCGAGUGUUCACUGUCGGUGGUCUUUCCAGCAUGAGAAAUACGGACUGGGUGGCCAUUGCUAACGAGCUCAAAUCGUUGUUUGACCUCCCACAAACACCGAAGGUGUUGGGAGAGCGGUGUAGGAUUCGAGUUUCUCGAAAGUUCAAGGAACAGUUCAAAGAAGCACGGUUCGCUGUGCAAGCUACUUCAUCCUCUGGUUCGGGAUCGCGCCAAGCAUCAACGCUCGUGGGUGAGCUGCGGGCGCAAGGCAACACGGACGAGAGGCUGCGACGCGCUUGCCAAGUCCACGAUGACCUAGGGGAGCAGUCGUACGCGUCGCUUUCUCACCUCUUUGAGGGCAACGUUGCCACGCGGGACGGUGCCCGCGACCAGUCUGGCCUUGACCCGCAUCGACGCCAAGCAAGGCAAACGACGCAAGGCGAGGUUGAUGUUCCGGACGUGCUUCAGUUGAUGCUAAACAACGUCCUGGAACAGGAAAAGGCCCAGACCAGCGCACGGGAACAGUUUGCAGCCCUCAUCGCCUCACAGACGAAGGCAAUCGAGGAGCAGACCAAGACCAACAAGGAGCAGGCCCAGACCAACAAGGAGCUCAGGGACUGCAUUGGGACCCUCGUGGCUGCCGUGCGGAGCUUGCGUCGCCGGCAGGACAAGAAGUCGUCUUAA